AUGGGUACUGUUUUCUCCAGUGCCUGGGCUUCGUUGCCCCCACUGGCAGAGUUUGCACCGCCAUCACCGGCAGCAUAUAUCACAGUCCUGUCGAUCUUUCAGUACUUCCCAGUGGUCAGUAUCGUGCAAUGGAUACUUUCAUGGCAUCCAGCGGGCAAAACGUCCAUCCAGAAUUCCCUUUUCAACAUCCCGGGCCGAUUGGCAUGGUUUACCAUGGAGAUUGUCGGCCCGCUUAACCUCCUCUUUAAUCUGUCCCAAACCUCGCCGUCUUUACUAGAGCUGCCAGUCACUAAUCAGCUCGUUGUGGCUCUGUACUGCAUCCACUACACGAACCGUGCAAUCAUUUCGCCUUUCUUUUCGGCGCCGAGCAUGUCCCCCAUCCAUGUUUUCGUCAUGACCAGUGCAAUAGCCUUCAACUGGUUCAAUUCCUCUUGUCUCUCCGGGUGGUUGUAUGGCUAUGAAAUUUCCAUCCCUGGCCUGCGCACGCAGGGCAGUGACGCAUUUCACUCCGCUUCUUCCACUCUAGUGCAUGUUCUUCCGGUUAUUGGGACGUCUUUAUUCUUCAUCGGAAUGAUUGGUAAUAUCUAUUCCGAAACAGCUCUCUUCCGAUUCAGACGGGAGGAAGUCGAGAAACGAGCCACGAAGAAAGCCGAUAUCAAGGCCCCUGGAAACGGAACGAACAAGUUCCAUAAGGUCUAUGUGAUCCCGCCAGUGAAGGGUGUUUUCCGGUCUAUUCUCUAUCCACACUAUGUGUUUGAGUGGCUGGAAUGGACAGGCUUUGCUCUCGCUGGUCUAGCCGUCUUCCCUUCCGUGACUUCUGGGAACAGCACUCUCUACGAAAAAGCCGGGGCGCCUCUCUUCUUUCGACCUGCACCGUGGGUCAUGCCUGUUGUACAGGCCGCUGACUCUCUGGGGCUACCACUGCCCUUGCCCGCUGUUGUUUUUGUGAUCAACGCAGUAGCAAAUAUGCUGCCACACGCUCGAUGGGGACGGAAGUGGUAUGUGGAGAAGUUUGGGGAAAAAGAAGUUGCGGGCCGGGGCGCUGUGGUGCCGUGGUGCCCAUGGAUGUGA